AUGAUUGGAGAGGUGGGGGCUGAUAAAGAAUUUGUGUAGUUUCUUUGGAAACAUCUCGAGGUGUCAAAGUCAGAUCUUACUCAAGCUGUCAGCUUGGUUGUGGAAAGAGAAAAACAGAAAGCUGAAGUCAAGGACAGAAGCAUUUUAGAGGUUUUGCAAGCCAAAGACAGCAAAAUAGAAUCUUUAGAACAGAGGCUCACAGGACAGCAGCAGGAGAUAAACAGCUUAAUGCAGAGAAAAAGUGCUGUGGAUGAGGAAAAUGCCCGUUUGAAGAAUGAAUUCAGUAACUUGAACUGGAAAUUUAAAGAUAAAAGCCAAGAACUUAAGGACACUGAGGAGCGUGCACAGAAGAAGGAAGAGCAAAACAGACUGAUUAUAAAAAACCUGGAGGAGGAAAAUAAGGGAUUAAAUAUAUGCUGUGCCAACCUGCUAAGUAACCUGGAGAAACUGAGGAAGCAGGAGGCACAAUGGAAAAAAGAAAAAUCUGGCAAUGAUAUCAGAAUAAAGAAUUUGGAAACCGAUUUAGCAGAGACAAGAGAACAAAUAAAUUUGCGCAGUAUAUGCAGUAACUUGUCAUCUCAGGUAGAUAUGAAACAGGAAGAACUUUUCCAAAAGGAUUGUGAUGUGAUACAGCCUAGGCAGAUUCAGAAAAAUACACCUUCUGCUGACACCUUGGUAAUACUAUCCAAAGUUUUUACAUUAUGUGGCCUUCGUAAAGAUCCUGUAUCCAUGCCUGGCAGUGCUUCAGUCAUGAAGAAGUUAGAGGAGCUGCAGAAUCUUUACAGACAAAACACUGAAGAUAGAACACAGCAGGCUGAGCUGAUAAAGCAGCUAGAGGCUCUCAGUGCUGAUAUACAAAAAGUACUGCAAGACCAUGAAUAUGCUCACACAGCUACAACAACAUAUCAAAAAGUAUGUUAUUCUAUAUUUCAACAGCCGCCUUUAAGUGAGCUAGAGGACUGUAUUACAGUACAAGAAUCUGAAAUGGAGCUUUUACAGAAAAAAUUGAAGGAAGGGGAUCCUAACCUAGCAGAGCAUAAUUUGUGCACUGCAGAUACUCUGGAAAGCAACAAUAUAAGGACUGGAAGAAAGCACGAGAAACCACCUGUGAAACGUUCAAGGUCUCUGUCCCCAAAGAGCUCUUUUAGAGAGUCAGAGGAGUCUCAAGAAUCUUAUGAGCUAAGAGCAGCCUAUGGAAAACACGAAGAAAGGCUGCAGAUGUUACAGACCAACUACAGAGCGCUAAAAGAGCAAUUAAAGCAGUGGGAAGAGGGCAAUAGCAGCUUUGAAAAUACUAAAAGCAGAUACCAACACACAAGCUCCUGUCAGCUUUGUCAAGAGGAUGUGAUGUGAAAUGAACUGGCUUUUUUCAAAAGGGAGAACAAGAAGCUGCUGAUUGAGAAACUGAAUCUUAAGAAAGAAUUGGAUCAGAUGAAAAUACACCAUUCUGUAAAGCCACUUUUUAAACUUAGUGAAGAUAAUGGGGUCAAGGGUAAUACUCCAAAGAGAUAUAUGAGAGAAGUUUCUCAUGAGAUGCUACAGAAUGUACAACAACUAGAAAGAAGAUUCAAAGCUAUUGAAGAGGAAUUAAAGAAACAGAUAAAUAAAGACUUACUGAAUGAGAAAGUGUAUUUGAAAGAAUCUUUAAAAGUGCAAAAGAAAGAUGCAGACACAAGAAAAAGAGAGCUGGAAACACUACUUAAGAGGAUUUUUGAGGUAAAAAAAGAACUUCAAUCCAUGAUUGAUGAGAAGGAAAAAGAAGCUGCCUCUUUGAAGAGGCAAGUGACAGAAGCUAACAGGUUGAGAAAUGAAAGUGAAGAUUUGCUGAGUCAAGCGCAGGAGCAGAAGUGUUUGCUGGAUAAAGCCAAAGCAGUGGCAAUCUCUGGGUAAUGUAAUUGCAAGAUAACAGGCACCAAGGUUAAAUUAAAAACAGCCAAGAAAAAGAGCUCUUUGGGACAUCAUGGAGCUUUUCUCAAACAGUCCAUCAAGGUUAUGAGUAAUGUGUUUGAGAACUUCAGUAAGGACGGCUGGGAGGAUGUGAGUGAAAGCAGUGACUCUGAAAUAGCAACUUCUGAAAGUUUGGAAACAGUGAUUAGGAAGACAGUGCAAAACACUGAUCCACUGCCAGACAGAAGUAAACAAGAAGAAAAAAAAGCUCUGCAAUUGAGCAGAGCAAAAGGGAGAAAUAUCACUGUCCAGAAACCAGGCAACUCUGUUACUCUAUUGCAGGAAAAAAUUAAGCCACUGCAGAAAGUAGUAGCUGUUGUACAGAGGAAAAAAAAGACAAUGGUGACUUCCAUUAAAAAUGUUAAACAAACCAAUGAAAAAUUAACAAGUCAGCUACAUUUGGCUGAUCAGAGACUUCAAGUUAAUAAAUUGACCAUAGAGAUUUUGACCUCCAACAUGGCCAAGUGGCAACAGGAGAAGGAAGAUCUACAAGGAAAAUUAAAGUUGAGAGAACAUCUGCCUCAAACUGCUGGCAAGAGUGAAGCUGCACCAGCUCCUUCAAAGAACAUUGAUUUAGAGAUGAAACAGCUGCAGUGCAAACUAAAGAAUUCGAACGCUGAGAUCGCUAAGCAAUCGACCACCAUUAAGCCGCUGAAAAAACAAGUCCAGGCAAAAGAAGGAUGGAUGGAUUCGGGAGCUGCGAGCGAAGCGCGAAUAUCUGAGUUGGAGAGGGAUGUUACUAUGAAAAGACACUUUAUAGAAGACUUAAAGUCUUGCCUAAAAGCAAAUCAAGAAAAUGAGAAAAUCUCAAAUUAAAUAUUGGAAAGUCUUGAGAGAAAGGUGAAGGCACUGGCUGAUGACAAAAAAGCUUCCAUUGACUCAAUGACACAAAGGUUUAAUGUAGCUAUGAAAGAGACGUGUCAGUAUGAGCAGAUGUAUCACAAAGCCAAGGAUGAUUUGGAGAAAAAGGAUCUCAAGAUUACUAAACUGCAGGGAAAAGUGAUUGAGAUUGAAUAUGCUAUGACUGAGCUUGAAUCUGCUGCAUCUCAACAACUGCAUGGCUUGACUAAGCAGAGUACACAGGCUUUGGAAACUAUGCAGAAGGAGCUGCUGCUCACUAGUGCCAAAGUAGAAGAGUUCAAGACAUUUGUGAAGUAUUUUUUUGCUUAUGCCUUCUAAAAACUAACCAGAGAGUUACAUCACAGUGGACAAUAGCUGAGAACAAAAAUUAAACUGGCAAAAAAAAAAAAGGGAGAAAUGAAAGCAUGCAAAAAGUGUCUUUUCCAAGAGAGUAUUCAAUUAGCGUCUAUCCUUAAUGUUUCAACAACUGAUCUUUAUGAAAUACUACAAGAAGGAGAUGAUGAGGUAAGAAACAGCAGAAAUGGAAAAAUGGAAUUUGAAAAAAAUAAAAAAUGGCUACAGCGCAUACAGAAACUUCUUGAAGCACAGUUUCCUUUUGCCUCAUACUUAAUGGAUGCUGUACUGGAAAAAUUAAAUGAGAAGAAGAAAUUGGUGGAAGAGUACAGUUCCCUCAUGAACUGGAAUAUAGCUCCAAAUGGGUCCAGAGCCAGGCCUAAGAAGCCUGUGAGGCUGCCAGCUGGCACGGGAACUGGUGUGUUUAGAACAGGACAGUUUGAUGUUCUGACACAGAUACUGGAUGAGCUGGGCUCACCCUUUGGCUCCCUGGGCCCUGAAAUGUGCUUGCUCCAGGAGCACAGUCUGCUCCGGCGCCUGGAUCCAGGAUCUGUGUCAGCAGGCUUUUAG